CUUUUGUUACAAAUUAGGUCAAAGUUUGAUCAAGAGUGGACACCAGCCAAUCAGAAGGUGAAAGAAGAUUCUUCGUCAGAUGAAGAUAAUCUGGUACGUAUGACUCCCCAGCCCAGGAAGAGCCUGAAGGCGAGACGCAAACUUAGAGUGGACAUGACACCGUCCCCGGCUGCAGAGCGGUGGUGUGGUGUCGAUGAGCCGGACAUAAUGCCACCCCAGCCCACUUUCCGGCCAUCCAGAAAUCCGGGACCUCAGAUUAUAAUGACGGCCCACUACAGCGCCAUUGAGCUUUUCCAGCUGUUCUUCACAACUGAUGCCCUUCGAAAUGUGUUGGUUAACACCAACGAGCAUGGAAGAGCCCAUCACUCAACAAAAUCUCGGCCUUGGGUAGACAUUACUAUGCAGGAUUUGUUUGGCUUCCUGUCUGUAGCCAUUUACAUGGGCUUGACCAAAUGCCCAUCUCUAACAGAUUAAUGGCGAGGGGGAAAUCUGUACAGCCUGCUUUUUCCCAAGUCGGUCAUGUCGGGACGAAAGUGGCUCAUGAUCCUCCAUGGUCUCCACCUGAGUAGUGCUGCAGAGGAUUCUGCAAACGAAGCUAAAAGAGGGACACCAGAAUUUGACCGACUCAGAAAACUAAAACCUCUUUACGAUGAGAUUAGAGAAGCAUGCCGCCAAAACUACCAUCCUCACCAGGAGAUUGCCAUCGACGAGAGAAUGGUUGCAUCAAAAGCAAAGAUUUCAUUCAAGCAGUACAUGAAGGCCAAGCCUGUUCGCUGGGGUUAUAAACUGUUUGUCAUUGCAGACUCGAGCAACGGAUACACCUGGGACUUCUUCAUUUAUGAGGGCAAAAGACACAACACCAGUGGACAAAGUCUCAGCUAAGAUUCUGUGGUUAGCCUUGUGAAAACGCCAUUGCUGGGCACUGGCUACAAGCUGUUUGUGGACAAUUUUUACACCAGUCCCAAGCUGUUCCAAGACCUGCUGCAGCAGAGGAUUUGGGCGUGUGGUACUAUCAGAACACACCUGUCCGGGUUCCCCAGCUCAAAAAUCAACGCCCUCGCUCGAAGGGAUCCGCGAGGAAGCAUCCGCUGGAUUCGUAACGGCUCACUCCUCUUCGUCCAGUGGCGAGACACCCGAGAUGUCUCCCUCUGCUCCACCAUGCACACCGCACACAGCGGGGAAACGAUCACUAGGACGUUGAAGGACAGCAGUGGACACUGGACAAAGAUGGACAUCUCAAUUCCUCCGGGUGUCAAAGACUACAAUUGGUGCAUGGGAGGAGUGGACGUCUCUGAUGCACUGAUUGGCUACUAUCAAGUCCUUCACAAAACCCGGAAGUGGUAUAAGACAUUCUUUUACCACUUCAUUGACAUCGCAAUAGUGAACGCCUUCCUUCUCCACAAAGAGCUCUGCACCGCUAAAGGACAAGCGCCGAUGACCCAGAAGGCCUUCAGGGAGACACUGGCUGAGCAGUUGAAGCAGAUGUGCUGCCAGGAAGCCAAACCGCCUCAACCAGAAGCGAAUAAACCUGAGUCGCCUCAACUAAAACAGCCUAAUCCAAGCGCCUCACAUCACCGGCUUCAGUACAUCAGUGGACAAAGGUCCGAAGGCAGACAAAGAUGUCGCCUAUGCAAUUUAAAGACAGCGGUCAAGUGUUCCACCUGUGACAAGCCGUUGUGCUUCAUCCCACCUAGAGAUUGCUACAACAAGUGGCACGAUGACAACAACAUGUGAGGUCGAGUCUGGGCUGAAUACAUGCAAAUAUGUCACAUCUGCUGUGUUUUUUUGUUUGUUUGUUCUUUUUCGUAAGUUUCACAAUAAAAACUUAUUUUGGACAGAG